UACAACUGAAAUUACACUUGGUGCACCAGUUAGUUCAGCAAGUACAAUUGUGACGCUUCUUGGCUCAAAUAUUGGUCCAUUAAAAUGGCGUGCAGCUAGUGGCAGUGGCGGAAUAAUUAUCGAUAUAUCAAAUAUAAAAAUGUAUUCACUUGCAAGUGACUGGGCUUGGGUUUUCAAAUUACAAAACAUUACUCCAAAGCAAAUCAAUAAGAAACUACGAAAAUAUCGACAAUGA